AUGACUUCAGAGUCCUUCCAACCUCUACAACUCAAGGGCGAAAUAAUGGAUUUGGAAUUCACCAUCGAUACUGACCAUAGAGAUGACCCAUCUCUCGACGAAAGUACGCGUCUACGGAAUCGUAUCGCAGAGCUAGAAUCACUGGUUCGCGAGCUCAGAGGGAAACCACAUCCUCGAUGGGCUGAGAGCACCUUUCGAGAUGGUGAUCCCAACGAAAAGUGGCAUUCACGCGCGUCCAAGUGUGCGUCGAUGCAAAAAAGGGCGGGACUAACUUCCCCGCAAACGGGGCAGGCGCAGCCUCCAGAAGAAUUACUUCGAAAUGGGCGCGCGGUCCACUCUCUAUUGAGUCCCAUUAAAACGGAGCCUGUUGCUGAGACCAAUUCUCAUCUAUAUCGCUUCUCACCGUCCCCAGCACCUUCCAUGCGAUAUCAUACAUUCCAGGCAGAUGUUAGAGGGGACGCUUCACCGUCAUUUGAGACCGACCCGCGCUCAGCUAAUAAUUAUAAUAAUGGAGGGACUAACGGGAACGGCACUACCUAUCAUGGGAGUAAUGGACAGUACUCCAAUGGAAACGGGAACACUGGCUCUGCUCCAUCAUCCUAUACCGAGAAUGGUGGCGGCGGCACUACUCAAUACCCAUUAUCCAACAGCGACGAUGGGAAUAAUGGAUACAGUGACCAAUACAGUGUCAACAACUCUCCGCCACAAGGCAAUUUUGCUUGCUCAUGUCGUUCAAAUCCCGCAGUAAACAUCACCUACGUCCAACUCUCUCAGACACUUUCAAGCUCUCUCGGCUCGCUGCGGCAGUAUGCUCAUCAUCCUUCAAAUACACAGUGCACGUUGUUCCGACGCAUUGUAGAACUAAAUAAUACCUUGCACAGCGGCACUGACAGCCCAGGCCUCGCAAGUUCUUAUGACAGUGGGCCCGCCUCAGAUAGCGAAAUCAUGACUCCGUUGUCCGCUUCAAGCGGGCAUGCAUCAUUCCACACAGGCUCCCCAGGAGUCUCGCCACAAGAGUGGAAUCAUAUGGCUGCUGCUGGAUUCAACUCCUACUUCCCGGCACCAGAUCACCAUGGGGUUUAUGCAGUAAACCACGUCAUGAGCUAA